CACAUAUUUUGGUUUAUCUUCCUUGUGCAAUCAUUAUCUGAAAAUUAAUGACUCAACUUCAAAGUCACCCUGUAUAAAGGGAUACUGGUAGUCUUACUUUGACCCGCCAAAAACGGGAACUAAAACUAUAGCUCUCUUCCAACAAAAUGGCAUCUUUACACUUCUGUACAUAAAAACAACCUUUUUGUAAUAAAUUACAAAUGAAUUGAGUUAUUUAUCCUACAAAACAAAAUCAUAAUCGUUAGAAGAUCGCAAAUUGUAAUGUUUAAUAACACUUUCUGUUCAGCCUUGAUAACAAUGAUCAUGUCUUGUUGACAAGAAUUGAUAAACAUUUAAUGAUAAUGGAAUGGCAAAUAUUGUAUAAUAAAGCAAUAUGCGCAAUUUCAUACAUUCUGUCAAUCGUAAUAUUUUUUAAUUCAGUCAGUUUGAAUCAUGCUAUCAACAUGGUAUAUUUACAGAUACGACAAGAAAAAAUUCAUUCAGAACAUAUCUCGACAAGCUUCGAUUCGAUUUGAGUUUUUUAGAAUUUAGAAUUGGCCCGCCUUUUUGUUAUAUACUAAAUGAUAUAGAAAAUGCAACACCGACAAGGAGUGCUUUAAUCUUGAGCAUAGUUUCACAAGUUUUAGGUCUACUGAUAAAUAGAAAGUGAUUAAAAUUCUAACUCGAAACAAACUCGUCACGUCGUUGGCAUUUAUUGGUCUUCUUGGUAUGCCAGGCCAUCUAAAUUUGGUUAUGUAGAGCCUCCAAUGUUCGUUGAGGGUGCGGUGAAUUAUGCAACCUUCUUCCAAUCAUGAAAAAGUGGAUUUUGCAAUGUUUCCCGACAUGACCUCCCGCUUAACUAGCGCCAUUGCCAUUGCUUUGAUCGAUUUUUUUGACACAUAUUUCAAAUAGAAUCAGGUUUGGAAACAAACCGAGCAUAACCAAAUUUAUGACAGUAUUACGCGGGAACAAUAUAGUCAAUCUACUCGACCCCAUCUUUUCUGUGAACGUAGGCGAUCACCGACCCGAAUUUCCGAUAUUCCGGCGCGCGUCUGUGCUUUCAUCUGGAACAGAACUGCCCCGAGUUCAGGGCCGAACUUCCCCUGCGUUGCGAGAAGCACCUCCUAGAGAACCGCAACAUGCACAAUGUUCUGCUGUUUAUCGCCGAGCUGUACGCACAACUGCCGCAUGUAGCCGUCUAUGGGAAGCUGCUGGUCGACUCCUUCAAGCGGCUGUUAUCGAUAGGCGGAAAUGAAAAUGUCAAAUGCAUUUGCCAGGCACUCAAGUUGACAGGCUAUUCUCUCGAAAAAAGCAAUAAAAAUGAUCUCGAUGAAGUAUUUGAGCAGCUGGAAAACAUAAAAAAUGCCGUUGGUGGAAAUGUUACAACUCUGCUAAAUACAGUUAUUAACCUUAGGUACUCGAACUGGGGACACUCCGGCGAUUCUACUGACUCAGAAUAUGAAAUCGACAACCAUGUGUACGAAGGUGUGACAAACACAGUAUUUUAUCAACCAGAUGGAAACGUAUUAACAAAUGAAGAGUCAGAAUUCAUAGCUUCUUACAUGCACUCGAAUGAAGAGUAUGCCAGUGAUAAUUCCGAUCCAGACGACCUAUGUGAUCCAGAACCCGAAAUGGACGAAGAAAUCCAGGCGGCAUUCAAAGAGUUCGUGAAGUCUAGCAAGCACUAGCUCAUACGAUUUCGCAGUUGUAUGCUGUUAUCUUUAUUUUGCUGUGUAACUGCCGCUAUUUAGUGAGGGUGUACUAAUCAAAAAGUGCGAAAAAGAUACAAAAAAAAAUGUGUAGGUUCCAAAGCAAGUUAGUGUCACGAUUGUUUAAAAUAGGUGUAUUUUUAUAAUAUUACUGCAACACGGUAAUUAUUACAGAGCAAAAUAGAGAACGUGAACAUAGUUGAUGUGUGUAUCAUUGCUGUCAAUAUCAUUUUUUAUGCUGUAAUUUUUCCUCUUUAUAUAUUUUCUUCUCAAUAAAUUAUUAUUUCGA